AUGGCCCAAGGUAGAGGCAGAAAACCGACACAGCAGCCAGCACCUCCUCGUACAGCUGGCCAUAGAGCAGCACCAGUCAACUUUCGUGAAGAUCCCAGUUCUGGAGAAGAAUUCAACUUCACUCCUUUGGACGAACAUUCUGCCGAUGAAGAUGUACAACGACCGAUCUCUCCCACGAGUGUCGAGCCUGUAGCUGGCUCUGCUGCCUCCACCAGACCUGUCACGCCUUCUGAGCAAGCCUCAGAACCCUCACAUAGCCGAACAGCCCCAGAUAUUGAUUUUUUCUUUGAACACGGAUCCAAGGCACCUCCAGUAAGCAGAACUCUAUGCAAGCUAUGCAGGGUGAAUGGGAUAGACUUGCGCCAGGGUGCAGACAGCUUCUCAGCAAGCACCUCAAAUGGUCCAUUGUGCAACCACCUCCUAAGCUGCCACAAGGAUCCAUACCUCCAGAAGUGUCGUGAAAUGAGAUUGAAAGUCCCUGCACUCACGAGCGAAACUGGAACAGCCUCUACACCCUCUGAACAUGGAACACACUGUCCACCAUUUUCCCAGGAGGCAUUGAUACAGCAUCUUCUGAAUUUCAUCAUUGCAGAUGAUCAGCUCCUCUUGCUUUUACAUGAGGACCUUGAGGACAAAGACAUUCCCCACCGAACAAAGAUGCGCGAAUCCAUUAUCAAGGCAUGGCAUGUGUAUUCCAAGGUCCUAAAACAGGAAUUAGCAAUGAUACAGGGGGAUUCAUCACAUCCACAUCAGGCCCUCCAAGCAAUCCCAACAAUCAGAGCUACGAAGAAGCGGUUGCUCGCGACCCAAUUGCAUUGUGCCGAAGUACUGUAUGAGCAGUAUGCGCCUCAGGCCAUCGAGUACUUUCUUUCUUUGCCUGUCCAUAGAGAGCUUGCGAAACUUAGACUUACUGAUAUGGAAUGGACUGUACUCCAGGAUUUUGAGAUCAUACUGGGUGUACCUCAUCAAGUGCAGAAAAUCAUGUUGAAAGAGUGCACUCCCAUUUAUCAGGCACAAUUCCUGUGUUCAAAAUAUAUUGGUAUCGACUGGGCGACAACUUACUACAAGAAAAUGGAUGAUUCACCUGCCUAUGUUAUUGUGAUGUUUCUCAAUCCCUCAAUACAAUUGUCAUGGAUUCAACGACACUGGGAGCCUAAUUAUGUUGCCAGGGUCACUGUAAUUAUAAAAAAUACCAUGCAAAAAUAUCAUGACCAUCUUCAUGGACAAGUUCAACAACCUACACCUGGUACAGCAGCCUCGCAGCAACAGAGGCAAAGCUGGCAUGAUUUAGCUAGACAAUAUGGGCUCGAAGAUAUGAUGGACAUUACAGGUGCUUCUUUGCAGCAGGUCCAAGGCAUUGAAGAACAAUUUGAGUUGUACGAAAAUGGGCUGCUCUCACUGCGUGGCACAGAUAUUGUAGGGUUUUGGGUGAUAAGCAAUAAAACUCAUCCAAUAUUCAUCCUCGGUUCCUUCCGAUUUUCACUCAAGCAGCAACAGCUAAACUUUAUGGAGGGAUGGGCUGUCACAGAAGACAAACUCGAGUACUACGCAGAUGACAAUGAAGAUUCAGUGGAUUUGUUAGGGAAGCUAACUUCAGAAAUUACGGAGGAUGGCAUAGAUAUUGAUGAGGUAAUUCACGUUAUUGGACAGGAUGAUGAGGAUUGA